CAAACCAAAAUCCACCCUGCCGCGUUCAAGCGCUAAUCUCCCUGGUACAUGCGCUGCGCCCACUCCCAGCGGCCGCUUCCCUUGCUCCUUAUUGUUGCGCAUGAAGCGCAAAUUGAAUCCGGUAUUCGUGGUGCUGAAUGGAAACCAUUGCCCCUUUCUUGCUCCAUCACGGGGAAAUACCGCGCAAUUUCAUGCGCUUUGCGCCGCUUUUUUUCAUUUUUUUAAAAUUCUUUAUUGAUGGAGCAUUGUACAAUUAUUGUAAGUUAAUUAACCCUCUCCUUUCCUACGUGGCACAACAUCUUUAUAUCACACACGCCAUUUAUGAAGCUUUCGGCGCAGGAGGCUUCGCGAUGUUCAGAAACAGGGUUGAAGUAGAAGAGCUGUAAAAAGCAGGUGUUGUCCGGCAAUCCAGGGGCAGUGAUGUGAAUCUGGGCCCCCUCCUUCCCCAGUCAGCCCCUGCUAAAAUGAGUGUAGUUAGGGGGGCGGGCUGGCAGUUGGGGAGGGGGAGUGCGAGUAGAAAGUAGAAGGAAGGAGCAGAAGUCCUGGCAGCAGCUGGAUGAUCACGUUUAGCUCACAGUCAGCUCCCCACUUGGAUUUAGCGGCGGCUGGAGAAGCUGAAUAGUAUUGGAUCCACUUCCAGCGCGUAACGUUGUCCCAGCAACUGCCAUGUUGGUGUGUGGGGCUCGGGGCAGAAGGCAGCACCUUGGACAGCUCCUCGUGCUUCUCCUCAUUUGCUGCCCGGCUUGGGCUUCCAGUCAGAUCCGCUACUCGGUGCCGGAGGAACUGGAACACGGGGCGUUCGUGGGGAACAUCGCGGAGGACUUGGGUCUGGACAUCUCCAAACUGUCCCCCAGGCGCUUCCGAAUCGUGUCGGGCAGCAGCAAGCAGCACCUGGAGGUCAACCUGGAGAAUGGGAUCCUGUUCGUCAACGAGAAGAUCGACCGGGAAGAAGUUUGCGAGCAGCAGCCCGUGUGCUCUCUGCACCUGCAGGUGGUGAUGGAGAACCCUCUGGAGCUGUACCGAGUGGAGGUGGAGGUGUUGGAUAUCAACGACAACGCUCCGAGCUUCCCGUGGCACGACUAUGUGCUGGAGGUGACCGAGUCGGCGGCGCCCGGGGCUCGUUUCCCUCUGGAGAGCGCUCAGGACCCAGACGUCGGCAGCAACUCUCUGAGGACCUACAGACUGAGUCCUAACGGCUUCUUCUCGCUGGAAGUCCAGAGCCGGAGCGACGGCAGCAAAUUCGCCGAACUUGUCCUGGAGAGACCUCUGGACCGGGAGCAGCAGAAAACGCACCGGGUGCUCCUCACCGCCAUGGACGGGGGUCUGCCCGAGAGGUCGGGGAGUGCUCUGGUGACGGUCAGCGUGCUGGACGCCAAUGAUAACGUGCCGGCUUUUGAUCAGACUUUCUACCGGGUGAGUCUGUAUGAAAACGCGCCGAAGGGAACGCUGCUGAUCCAGCUGAACGCCAGCGACCCGGACGAGGGAACCAACGGGGAGAUCGAAUACUCGUUCAGCGGACACGCGCCCCAGAAGGUCAGGGAUCUUUUCGCGGUGGAGCCGCGCCGGGGGCAGGUGAGAGUGAAGGGGCUUCUGGAUUACGAGAAGUCCAACGUGUACGAGCUUUAUGUUCAAGCCAAGGACCGGGGUCCCUCCGCGGUGGCCGUGCACUGCAGGCUCUUAGUCAAUCUGCUGGAUGUCAAUGACAAUGCCCCGGACAUUAUUCUCACCUCGGUGUCCACUCCGGUCAUGGAAGACGCUUCCCCGGGGACAGUCAUCGCCGUUAUCAGCGUCAUGGACAGGGACUCCGGGGACAACGGGGAGGUCAACUGCGAGAUCCCCCAGAACGUCCCGUUUCAGCUGCACUCGUCCUACAAGAACUACUACACCCUGGUGACCACCGAGCCGCUGGACCGGGAGCGGGUGCCCGAGUAUAACAUCACGAUCAGCGCCCGGGACUUCGGCUCCCCCCCGCUCACGAGCAACAAAGUAAUCAAUGUGCAGGUGACCGACAUCAACGAUAACAGCCCGACUUUCGUACAGCCCUCGUACACCGUGUAUGUGCUCGAGAAUAACCCCCCGGGCGCCUCCAUCUGCUCCGUCACCGCCUUGGACCCCGACUGCCAACACAACGCCUAUUUGUCCUAUUCCAUUCUGGAGGGUCAGAUCCAGGGGAUGCCGGUGGCCACUUAUGUCUCCAUCAACUCGGACAGCGGCAACGUCUAUGCCCUGCGCUCCUUCGACUACGAGCGGAUCAAAAACUUCCAGAUCAGGGUUCAAGUCCAAGACGCGGGCUUUCCGCCUCUGAGCAGCAAUGUGACCAUCAAUGUGUUUAUUCUGGAUCAGAAUGACAACGCCCCCGUUAUUGUCUCCCCCCUGCCCAAGAACGGCACCGUGGCCACAGAUAUCAUCCCCCGAGUCGCCGACCCCGGUUACCUGAUUGGCAAAAUCUCAGCCAUGGACGCUGACUCUGGCCAGAACUCGCGCCUGUCUUAUCAGAUCAUCCAAGCCACCGACUCGACGCUCUUUAGCAUCGCAUUGUACACGGGGGAGCUGAGGACUAUCCGCCUUAUAACAGAGCGAGAUGCCACCAAACACCGGCUGCUCAUCCAGAUUAGAGACAAUGGGCAACCUGCCCUCUCCACUUCAGUGUCCAUAGUCCUCACUGUGGUGGACAACAUGCCCGAGAGCCACUCUGAAUUUAAUGAUGUGCCUUUAAACUCAGACCCUGCCACUUCAUCCCUCACUCUUUAUUUAAUAGUGUCCCUUGGCUCGGUCUCCUUCACUUUCCUGGUGGCCAUCAUUGUCCUCACUGUCAUUAAAUGUCACAAAGACAGGCUCUCCCUGCAGGAUUACAAGUGCUCCCUCCCUACCUGUUGCUGCAUGACAUCUGAUUCCUCUGGAGGGGUCUUUAAAAACUCAAACAUCAACCUCCAGAUCUCCUCUGGGAAUAAAGUGCAGACCAACUGCAUGGAGUCGGCGGGGAGCGCGCCUCCAAAUUAUUGUUACAAAGUGUGUCUGACCCCGGAAUCUGCUAAGAGCGACUUCAUGUUCCUAAAACCUUACAACUCCAGCACCCAAAACAAUGAAAAGGUUCCAGAAAAGGUGGCCCCUGGGAAGACUGGGCAUGCAGUUAACAAAGCAGUUAACGAGAUAAAAUUUCCAAAUACCGACUGGUCCCCUCAAAAGGAACAGAAGCCAGGGCUGAAAAGUUCUCAGAGUCUUGAAGACCUUGGAACUCGAAAAGGUUCAAAAAAAGACCACGACAGACUCCGUACACUAGUUUCCCCUGUCACUGAUAUAAAGAAGAAGCCCACAACAUCAAAUGGAGUGUGGAGCCCUAAGUAUGGCCUACAGUUCCAACAGCAUGGACCAAGCUUGGACUAUCAGCAUAAUGUUUAUAUUCCUGGGACGCCGACAUUACUGGCCAACAAACAAGGCUUGUUUGAGGAGAAAAACAGUUUUUCCACUUUUGGAAAGAAGAGAAGAAUGUCCUGUUAUGGAGAAGUCCAUGAUGAUAUGAUAAUCAACAAUGAUUUGAAAUGAGAAGGGAUCAGACUGCAAGAGACAAAACACAUUGGGUGGACGUAUAAGAACCUUUAUGGUUAAAAGAAACCCCAGUGUUAUCACUUGCUGAGACCUCUGUCUGGACUCUUCUACCUGACGCCGGCAUUGUGUUAUGAGCUUGAAAAGCAAGCACUGUGACAGUGACAGGCUGCAAUCUAUAAUGUGCAAUAGAAAGAGCAUAUCUGAAAUUAACUUGAGCACUUGAAAUUAAAGUACUUUUGGUAAAAUAAUGAAUGGUGCCAAAAAAAAAAAAAAGACGACAUCUAAAGAUGAAAAAAAAUAAAAAAAUGCUAGGGAAGUGGUGUGCUGAGUUAAUAGGCAGGAUGCAAUUUCAUGUGGUGAAACAGUUUCAAUGUGGGUGAGAAUGAAAGAAUCGUCUGUGUGUAAAAAGCAAUUUUCUCCAUCUGCAGUCAACCGCAAGACUUUCUUGAGGACUGAUGUGAAUGAGGAGGCAUCCAUUCUGAAAUGUCAUUUCCACUUCUAGCCUUUGGCGAUUUUCAUUUAGUGACAGCUCUGUCCUUCAUUGUUAAUAUGUGAAUGUACUCAGUGGAACUAUAUAUAUAUAUUUUAUUUUUUGUUAGUGCUGUAUGUUGUGUUCCUGUUCUGCAGAUGGAGAAGAUCUGCCUGGCAAUCUAUACCUCCGGAAUGAGUGACAGAUUCUAAAUGCGGUUACCUAUCAGUGCAUAUGUGUGGAUGUGUGGAUAGUAUAUAUACUGCAUAUAUACAGAUCUCAUUUCAUUUUUAACUCUGUGACAUUUUUAACUAACACUUGUGUUAAAGAGAACUGUACUCACUGUGAUGUUCAAGGUAAUAUGCAAAAAUAUUUGUUAUAACAUAGCAAAAUUUUCUGAAGCAAACAUGUUAUACAUCUUAAAGCAAAACAGAGGCCAAGCUGCUAUUGAUAUUAAGGGGGUUGUAAAUUGUAACAAUUGGACUCAAGGGAGUGUGUAUGUAUACUGGUGAAAUUGGGGCUGUGGUGGGUCGGGGUGUCCACAAAAAAACCAAUUGUUCAUAUAUAUAUAAAUACAAAAUUGGGACUUAAUCCCUUAACCACAAUGCCCCAUAAUACUGUAUUAUAAUAAGUAAACACAUUUCAAAAUAUCGAUAAAAGGCUAUAUUAAUUUACCACCAUGCCAUGUCCUACUGAUUAAAAACAAAUUAAAAACAAGCAGUGCUGCAUGUAGGAAGAGAGAUCCCUCUAUUCCCUCACAUCCAACUCUUUGAUUAGUAAUGGGGUUAUAGCACAUCCAAUAGAGGGAUCCCUACAUGCAGCGCUGCUUGUUUCUAAUUUGUUUUUAAAAAUUCAAUUUUAAUUUUAAUUUAACUUUAAAAAUUUAAGUUUCAGUAUACUAAAAGGUGCCUGGUAGACUGAGAUUUGUAGUUGUACGACAGCUUCAGGUCCACUGGUUGGACUUUUAAUACAAAGAGUGGCUGGACAAGGAGUUCUGCCAGGGUACAUGGCCAUGAGUAUAGAAUAAGGGUGAGUAUUUUAAGUAAUUAAAAAACCCUUGAUUGCAAAUGCUGGGACUCUUGCUUUUUGCUCUGGAAUGUGAUGGACAUUAUUAUUAAUGGGGAACAGAGAACAGAAUUAUAUGUGAAUCCAGCUCAAAAGUAUAACAGCAAUGUUGGACUUACUGCAAACUGACAUUCAGUUUGUUUCCAUAGCAUGUGUUUCUCCAUGUGUACCAUGCAACCAAAAGCCUAAACGUUCAUGAUUGCUGAAUGGGCAAAAUGUGUAACAUGUUACUACAUAAACCCAUUUAUUUCUUAAUUUCUGUAAUGAAAAUAAAAUUAAAUCAAUAUCUUUAAACAGAAGAGAACAGGCACUAAUACUGCUAGGAGAUACCUAAAAUAUAACCACUGUCCAAGUAAAUAGUUAAAUCAAUCUAUCCAUUUCUCUCUGACUAUCUGUCUAUUGACCUCUAUCUAUCUAUGUAUCUAUCACAAAUUUUUGUAGCAAAUAUGGCUGGGGUUUAAUGAUAUUAUACUGGGAAAUAAAAAAAAGGCUAUCCUUUAAGUCCUAUUCCAGGCGCCAGAAUGAUUAUAUGGGUCAUUAAUUGGACUGAGUGUAUAAUAGUCAUUGUUAGAAUUACUUCAAAUAACGUACACGGCAAUACAACAUCUAUUUUAUUCAAACACAUUACGAUUUUACCUGAAGUGUUAAAGAAACUUUUGCCUCCUUUAUUGACAGGUAUAUUUGGUAAGCAAAAAUCGAUAUAUUUUUGAUGUUGGGGCGAGUGGCGCUCUCUGAAGUUAAAGCCUGUUGACAUGGUCCUGUCUGCGCUUGUUCGGGCACGGCGGCACACGCAUGCCCUAGCGUGUGCAAAUCUAUCUGUCUCUCUCUCUCUCUCUCUCUCUCUCUCUGUCUAUUGAUUUAUCUAUCUUGCUUUAUCUAGCUAUAGCUAUCUGUCUAUUGAUCUAUCUAUCUCACUGUAUCAUCUA